AUGACUGCGUUCCUCCAAAUCCACUUGAACCGGAGCGAAUUGGCACAGCAACUGAUGUAUGCCAGGGCCGCCGAUCUUGACUCACACAUCCUGUUAGUGUCCGAGAUCCCAGCAAGAUCUCGAAACAAUCAGCGAUGGGUCACUUCCAGUGACAACAAAUGUGCAAUAGUUCUACCUAGAACCACACAUCACGUCUUCCUCGAUGAUCAAGGAGUAGGUGAGGGCUACGUGUGGAUCAAGUCCGGCCAAUUUAAGGUGUUUAGCUGCUAUUUCUCCCCGAACAAAACCCUUCGGGAAUUUAACAGCCAGCUCUGGAACCUUGAGGAGGAAAUCAGACAAACUGACCCUAGCACCGACAUUAUCAUUGGAGGCGACUUCAAUGCAAAGUCUAGUGUAUGGGGCUCGGCACGAACAGACAAGCGGGGACAAUUAUUGUCUGAGAUGAUGUCCAGUUUCAGCCUCAUCACGAUGAACUUCGGAUAUACACCCACCUACCAAAGGGCUAAUUCAAAGUCGAUAAUCGACAUAACAUUCGAGAGGGUAAGCCAAAGCGUACAAAUCGUCGACUGGAAGGUCCUGGACACGUUCUUGGCUAGCGACCAUAAGCACAUUACUUUUGAUCAACAGCCGACGACACGAGACGCAGACACGGACGCUCCAGCCCAAGAAGAAUUUCCUGCAUCCACUCGGAAAUGGGCAUACCGGAAGUUUGACCUAAACGCCCUGGAUACAUAA